GGCAUCACUCUCGCGAGGCUAGGCGCUGCGCCGGCGGCCGGAGACCCUGUGUUCCUGCUUGGAGGUCGUUGGAGUCACCUGCUCGCCGCCAGCUCGUCCUGGUAGUUCUCCCGCCGCGCCGCGCCGCUGCAGCCAUGCUCUCCGCCGUCGCCCGGCCCGCCGGCGCCGCCCUUCGCCGCAGCUUCAGCACCUCGGCCCGGAGCAAUGCCAAGGUCGCCGUGCUGGGAGCUUCUGGGGGCAUUGGUCAGCCCCUAUCACUCCUCCUGAAGAACAGCCCCCUGGUGAGCCGCCUGACCCUCUACGACAUUGCGCACACGCCCGGUGUGGGCGCCGACCUCAGCCACAUCGAGACCAGGGCCCACGUGAAAGGCUACCUGGGCCCUGAACAGCUCCCCGACUGCUUGAAAGGCUGCGACGUGGUAGUCAUCCCUGCUGGGGUCCCCAGAAAACCAGGCAUGACCCGGGAUGACCUGUUCAACACCAACGCCACCAUCGUGGCCACCCUGGCCGCUGCCUGUGCCCAGAACUGCCCUGAGGCCAUGAUCUGUGUCAUCGCCAACCCGGUAAACUCCACCAUCCCCAUCACGUCAGAAAUGUUCAAGAAACACGGCGUCUACAACCCCAACAAGAUCUUUGGGGUCACCACCCUGGACAUCGUCAGGGCUAACACUUUCGUUGCUGAGCUGAAGAACUUGGAUCCAGCUCAAGUCAACGUCCCCGUCAUCGGCGGCCAUGCCGGGAAGACCAUCAUCCCCCUCAUCUCCCAGUGCACCCCCAAGGUGGAGUUCCCCCAGGACAAGCUGACUGCCCUCACAGGCCGCAUCCAGGAGGCCGGCACGGAGGUGGUGCAGGCGAAGGCUGGAGCUGGCUCUGCCACCCUGUCCAUGGCCUAUGCCGGUGCCCGCUUCGUCUUCUCCCUCGUGGAAGCCAUGAAUGGGAAGUCGGGAGUGGUCGAGUGCUCCUAUGUCAAGUCCCAGGAAACGGACUGCACCUACUUCUCCACCCCACUGCUUCUGGGGAAAAAGGGCCUGGAGAAGAACCUAGGCAUUGGCAAGGUGACCCCAUUCGAGGAGAAGAUGAUUGCCGAGGCCAUCCCUGAGCUGAAGGCAUCCAUCAAGAAAGGAGAAGAUUUUGUGAAGAACAUGAAGUGAGCCAGCGCCUGUCCAUGCACUCCGGGCCCCUAAUUUAUUCAGGCCCCCCUUCCUGUUGCUCCCUUUCCCUCCAGAUCAUGGCGGGGCUUUCGGGCGCUUCAAUAAAGGCCUUUUUUUGA